AGAGAGAGAGAGAGAAAUGUGCAUUUUUUUAUGCGGUAAAGAUUGGCAACUAUAAAUUGUUGUGCUGUAAACAGUAAACAAAUAAUUUUCAUUGUGCAUGCUGGUUAGUUUAGAUACAAAUUUAACAUGAACUUGGAAGAAAAGCGGAAAUUAGCCAAUGAAAAGAGAUUAAAUGCUGUUAAACAAUGGAAAAGAAAUCGAACAUUUCAAAAAAGUUCUGCUGGAACUCACGUGAUUUUUGAUGAUCAAAACACAAGUCAUGUUGAUAAAAAAGUAAAACUAUUUGAUUCUGACAGUGAAGAUGAGAAGUAUGAAACUGACUUUAACAUUAAGCCUCAGUUUGAAGGGAAACAUGGUCGUAAUUUGCUGGAGAUGAGUUCUGAUUUUUCUGACAGGUUUAAAUUGGAUGAAAGAUUCAAAGACGAAGAAGAAACAGUUGAAGAUACUGAUAAAAAUGAAGAACGAACAAACAAUCUCAAAAUUUUAGAAUCAGUUUUAGGACAUCAAGUCAAUCAUAGUGUUUCUGCAGAAAAGUUCAUUUCCAAGAAAAAACAAAUAAGAUUUGAUCCUGAUGAUGUAAAUGCUUCCAAUUGUCUGAAAAUUUCUACUGACAAUGUCUUGAAAAAGAAACCAAGCAAAAAGAAGGAAAAAGUCCCUGAUGUUGUUGAAGAAGAAAUUCCAAUUUCAGAAGAGCGUUACAUUGAAGUCAGCUCAGAUUUAAAAGACAUUUUGUCUUCUUCUGCAGGAACUUUUAGUUUAACAAAAAAGUUCAACCUACAAAAAGACUUGGAAGUAACUGAAAACUCUGACUUUCUGCUUUCAAGUUCACUGAAGAGUACUAAAACUCAGUCUGAUAAUGUUUCAUGGAUAAGUCAACCUCAAGAUAUACCUUCAGUAAAGAAUCAGUCAGCUUCAUAUUUUGGUUCUAGAGUGAAAGAACCUUUUUUCCUAGUAGAGGAUGAUUUUCGGUUAAAAGAAGGUGUAGAAUUUUUUAUUCGACCUAAACCUUUAGAAGAAAUUCAAGAAGACUGGUCACAAAGACGAAAUAGUGUUUUGGAGCUGUUUAAGAAAAAGAAAAGAUCAGGUCCACGCACCAUUUCCAAAAAAUCACGUAAUUUCAAAAACAAUUUUAGGAAAAAUAAAUAAAAUAUUUAUUAUUCUUUGUA